AUGUCGCCAACACAAUCAGGCACUUGCGUCGUCCAGAAGGAGAGCCCUCGAGGCAAGUCGAUGAUUCCUAUAUCGACUAUCACUCGCCUCUGGAAACCAUCAAAGGAACCGGAUACGUCCUCGUCUGGAUCAAGCAAGACACCUCGGCGUGUAACAAGAAGCCCCAAAGGCAAAGAACAGCGCGUCCUGCCCGACCAGGCGAAUGCCAUUUCUCAAAAUGACGACCCAUUUACCGCUGGCCAUUCCCCUCUUCGUUCUAAAUCUACAAUCAAAUCUCUCCAGGCUUUCAACGUUGCGCCUGUCAGCUCUGAUGUCGUUGUUGGUAAAAGAUGUGAUUCAUUGCUUAACAUUCCAAAUGAACCACUAUUUUUGGGCGAAGACUUUGCGGCCCUACUCAAGGUUCCUAACAUCCCCAACAAGGAAAGCGUGUGGGUUGAUCUCUGGAUUCCAAUCAGAGCUGGUGACAAAGUGAUUCCCCUCGACGCGCAGUACUUGUCGUCACUGAGAUCGUUUCUUGGCCUUCGAUAUCUCAAGAUCACUGGCAUGCUAAAGUCGUACCAAAAAGAAAUCUUUCGAGCUGUUUGGAACAUGGAGUCGUUGGAGCAUCUUGAUUUGAGAAUGGCUGAGGAGCCGCAGCUUUCGCCUGGGGUGUACUGGCGUCGUAUCGAGAAAGGAUGGGUUCCUCGAAAACGUGAAGCUCAGAAUUACCAAUGCCCUGGUAACGGCAAAGGACGUAUUUCGAGGCGGUUUGGGAUUGCCGAAUAUCUUGACAACAUCGUGAUCGAGCUGGCGCGAGAGAGACAUUACGAUGGUCUCGGCGAUUUUGAUAAAUGGUCGAAUAAAAAAUUGUCGAUUGUGCACCUCACGCUACGAGGUUUUGUCGUCGAUGCUCUGCCGUUCUUCAGCUGUUUCGACGAGAACCGUUUGCGGAAGAUUACAUUCACAGACUGCUACGAUUCCGGCUUUUGUCUUCCAGGAGACUUGAUUGACGAGGUUCAGAUUAAUGUCGGUGGUUUCGAACCAGCGACGGUGGUCCCUGUUCAUCAUAUUCCAAAGGAGCUGAAUCGCAUCACCAUCAAGGAAGGCAGAAUAGUGGAAAAGCGCCCUAUCCAAUCUCGUCUCCAUCAAAGGGUGUUGUUACCUUCUAGAGAAGCUGCGACCAGUCACGCCGUCAUAGCACCGCCGCAAUAUAGCCCUGGAAAGAACCCCCACCGACAUGUCACUCUUGGAGGGCAGGCUCAUAAAACUACAGGAGCUCGAUUAUCUAUGUUCUCGUGGCGUCGUCGCAAGCUCGAUUUCAAUUCGGUUAUUGAAGAGGAGGAAGAGGAAUAUUAA